AUGGCCGGCUGGAAGGUGAAGUCCCUGGCCUCCUUGAGGUCCAGCCAGAUCAUUGGCAUCCGCGGCACGGCCUCCAUCCCACCUCAGGCCUUCUCCACCGGCGGGAGAGCAAGCGGGUUGGCGGGACCUGAGGCUGAGUCCGAGGUGGCGGCUGUCUCCCUCUGCCACCUCAGACUCAGCCUCGGGUCCCGCCAACCCGCUUGCUCUCCCGCCGGUGGAGAAGGCCUGAGGUGGGAUGGAGGCCGUGCCGCGGAUGCCGAUGAUCUGGCUGGACCUCAAGGAGGCCGGGGACUUCGCCUUCCAGCCAGCCAUCAAGAAGCCACCGGCGGCAACUUGAUCCAGUUUGCGGACAUGGUGCGACGGGCGACGGGGAAGUUGGCAUCCUUAUUUUACAAUGGAUACGGAUGUUACUGCGGAUUGGGAGGAUCCAAGCAGCCCCUGGAUGCCACCGAUUGGUGCUGCCAGGUCCAUGACUGCUGCUACGGAAAGAUGUCUGAGCUCGGAUGCAACCCCAAAAUGGAGAUUUAUUCCUAUUUUUUCCAGAGUGGAACCAUAGUUUGCGGUGGGCAAACCCUGUGCCAGCGCAUGACCUGCGAGUGCGACAAGGCCGCCAGCCUCUGCUUCCGCGCAGCACCCUUCCGCACCCGGAACAUCUACUUCCCAAACUUUCUGUGCCGAGGGCAGACUCCUCCAUGCUAG